AAGAACCCAGAUAGCAUAGAGCAGCGCAAGAGGGAAGGGUUUAGCCAGAAAAUGCAAGAGCAGAAGAAGGAGGGCUGCCAAGUGUAUGGUUUCCUGGAGGUCAGCAAGCUCGUGGGAUCUCCUGAGUCCGUUACCGUCUGUUGAGAUCCCUCAGUGUCUCUCUUUCGGGUACUUUUCCCAUCUCACCGUGAACUCAGGUGGUAAGGACUGACCAGUUUUCAGUCACACGACAUGAGAAGAGAGCCGACGGGCUACUGGGAGACCAGGGUCUGCCUGGUGUCUUUGUGCUAUGGGAACUUUCGCCCGCGAUGGUGAAGCUGGCAGAGAAACACAGGUCCUGCAGUACCGGACUUGGUGUCGAGAGUUGGAGCAGCAGCUGGAAGCAGGAGGGGGAUCCCUUCCAGGCAGGCGGGAAGCCACAGAAGACCACAGCCUGAAGAAAGCACUGCUUCAGUUGGAAGAGGAGCAGCAAAGGUGCGAGAAUCUGGCAGAAGUGAACACUCUCCUGCGGGAGCAGCUCGGUAAAGCGAAUGAGGUUAAUUCAGCCCUCAAAGAAGAUGUUGGAAAACUGACGGCAGAUUGGAUGAGGGCCCGGGAGGAGCUGGAAUUGACGGAGAGUGAAUGGUGCGGUGAACGUGAGCUUUAUGACAGCUGCUUAAGGGGUGAACACAGCCGUCUGCUCAGCCUGUGGCGUCAGGUGGUAACCUUCCGCCGUCAUUUCCUGGAAAUGAAGACCGCCACUGACCGAGAUUUGUCAGAGCUGAAGGCAGAGCAACUGAGGCUUUCUGGAUCUAUACUUGUAAGCUGCUCCCGCCUGAACUCUGGCGUACGGCUCUGGGAGUCCGUCAGUCUGGGUAGACCUGUCCUGAAGGAUGAGGCACAGCAGGAAGCGGAAGAGGAAAUGAGCCAGAAGACUUGGGAAGCGAUGCACUUACAAGUCAAGGGGGACCUGGAGAAGAAGGAGCUUCAGGAGAGGGUGAUGGAGCUCUCAGCCUUGCUUGUACAGUCUCAGAAGCAGAAUGAGGAGAAGGAGAAGGCCAUGAAAACACUUAACGACACUGUGGAGAUCCUAGAAGCAAGUCGGUUAGAGAAAGAAUAUGAAGCUUCAUGGACUAAAAGUGCCAAAGAAGAGAAUCUUUCCCUCCAAAAGCUGAUAAAAGAUAUAACUGAGGUGGUGCUAGAUGACAGUGGCAGCACAGUCAGCAUUAUCUGCACUGACAGUUCCCAGCAUGCAGUGUCUAGCAACAUCCUCUCUUGUCUGAGCUCCGUUGAUGCAGAGCAUGCCUUUGUAUUGGUUCAGGAAGCACUGGCAAGGAGGCGAGGAGCAACACAGGCCCUAAAAGAAGAGCUUUCUGCCAGGCAGGACACUAUCAAUUUUCUGCUGCACCAGCACAGACAGCAGGAAGAGAAGUGCAGGAAGCUGCAGCAAAGGCUUGAGCAAGUGGAGGAGGAAUGCAAGACGUCCAGCAGCCACCGGCAGCACCUCCAGUCUCUGGUAGAAGCACUCAGAAGUGACUGUGCAAACCUCGAGAAAACCAGGGAAGAGCUACAGCAACAGCUUGAAGUAACAGAGCGAGAAGCCUCGCGUCUGCGUCAAAGUAACACUGAACUGCAGCUGAAGGAAGAUUCAGCCCAGGGGGAAAAGGUGGAGCAGCAACAGACGAUGGAGAGAGUGCGUCGUGACCAGGAGCUCCUACUGAAGGACUUAGCUGCACUUGAAGGAAAACAUGCAUUAUUACAGAGUGAGUUGGUAGACGCAAGAGAGACACUGGAGAAAUCGCACCUUCAGAGGGAUCUGCUGAAGCAAGAGAAACAUCAGCUUACCAUGGCACUGGAAAAGGCAGAGCAGGCAGUAGCAGAGUUGACAGGGGCUCAGAAUAAGCUGAGUGCUGAAGCAGCUGAUCUCCGUGUUGCAACAGCGAAGAUGAGCAGUAUGAAUGAAGCCCUUGCACUGGAUAAAGUGCAACUGAGCAAACUUGUGCUGCAGCUGGAGCAAGAGAAUGAAGCUCUGUCAGGCAAAGUGGACGAGGUGGAGAGAGCAAAGAUCUCUGAGCAGGAGAAGCUGACCUUGUGUGAACGAACAAAUGAAGAGCUCAGCGCAGAGAAAGCCCACCUGGAGCAGCUGCUGAAGAAGGCAGAGGAGCACCAGGAGGGGCUGCAGGUAGAGCUGAGGAGAGUGGCAGAGGAGAAGGCAGAAACCCAAGAGAAGCUCAGUCAGGUUUACCGCCAGCAAGAGUCGGCUAGCAGUGGUCUGGAGCAGCUGCGCCAGGAGUCCUCUCGCCAAGGGCAUGCGCUGGCCAAGGUGUGCAAGGAGAAGGAAUUGCUGGUGCACGAGAAGGCUGCCCUAGAGGUGCGACUGGCAGCCGUGGAGCGGGACAGACAAGGCCUUUCAGAGCAGCUGGCAGAGGCCAGGUCGGCGAAGGAGACCCUGGAAUCCAGCCUGUUUGAGGCUCAGCAGCGCUUAUCUCAGCUGGAGAUCGCCAGGAGUCAGCUUGAAGUCCAACUUCACACCGUCACGCAGGCCAAGGAGGUGAUCCAAGGGGAAGUGAAGUGCCUUCAGUGUGAGCUGGAAGCGGAGAGGACUCUGAUGAGGCAGGAACGGGAAAACAUGGCAGAACGGCUCUUGCAGACAGAACGGCAGUAUGACAACACCCUCAGACUCCGGCAAGCUGAGCAUGAAGUGGAAAUAAGCAAGCUCCUGCAAGACCUGGCAAGCGAGCGGGAAGGGCACCAUUCAGAGGUCCAGGAGAUGCUGGAGCAAUGGGAAAAGGAGAAGGCAGAGACAGAAAGGGAGCACGAGAAGAAGCUGUUUGAUGUGAAGCAGGAAGUUGCUACCGUGCAGGCUCAACAAGAGGAGGAACGAACCAGAGUCGAAAAUGCCAAGCAAGAGGUCCUGCUAGAAAAGGAGCGUGAGAAGGAUGCUUUAUUAGAGACGCUGCUCCAAACUCAGGGAGAGCUGAGAGAAGCCUGCCAGCAGCUCCAGCAGCUGAGGCAGGAGGUGGAAGAGCAGCGAGAGAACGGGCAGAACAUCACGGCAGAGCUGCAAGCAGAGCUGCAGGAAACUCAGAGCAAGACCGAGGCAGUGGAGAAGAGGCACAAGGGAGAAAUCCAAACCGUCAAAGAGGAAAUGAAUAUCCUCCUUCAGCAGCGGGAUGCUCUACAAAACCAGGUGGAAGAGUUGACAUCUCAGCUAGCAGCCUCUGAAGAGCCUCUAAAGAAGGAGGCUGUGACUCUACAUCAAGAGGUGGCGUCUUUGGAAAGGAGACUCGAGAGCACUGAGAAGCAAAGAAAGGAUGUCCUGCAGGAACGGGACAGACUGCAAGCACUUAAAGAAGAACUGGUAUGGGAGAUAAAACUUCUUCAGGAGUCGGUCACAGCCUCUGAGACCCGAGCGACUACAGCAACAGAUAGGCAUCACUCCCUUGAACAAGAACUCCACACCACAGUGUCUCUCCUAAAAAUUAAAAAUGAGGAACUGGAAAUGCAGCGGGAGAAAAUCCAGGUGCUCCAGAAAGAGGCAGCACAGGGAAAAGCUUUGCAGGAGAAUCUCACUCAUGUGACUGCCAUCCUGUCAGAGAGGGAGGGAGAAAUGAAGGUGUACCAGGAACAGAUGAGAGUGCUGGAAGAGCAGAAAGAAAUGCACAAAACUGCUCUGGAUCAGGUUAUUAAGGACGUAAGAGAGAAAAACCAGAAGAUUGAAUCCCAGCAAGAACAGAUACAGGAGCUGGAGAAGCAGCAAGAAGAACAAAGGAUUGCUGUCAGCAAAAUGAGCAAAGACCUGGAAGAGAGAGACCAGGAGAUCAGAUCCCAGCAAGAACUGAUAGCGGAGCUGGAGAAGCAGCGAGAAAUGCAGAGGACUGCUGUCAGCAAGAUGAGCAAGGAGCUGGAGGAGAGAGAGCAGGAGAUCAAAUUCCAGGAGGGGAAAAUAAUGAUUCUAGAACAACACGGUGCAUCCCAAGUGAGAAAUCUGCAGGUGGAUCUUGAUCAUAUGAAAGGAAACUUGAAGGAGAAAAACUUGGAGCUUAUGUCUCUGACUCAGCAGAUCCAAGACCUGGAAAUGGAGAGGGAACAGGUGAAAUCUCUGCACGCAAGCCUUGAACACCUGAGGGCAGCUCUUAAGGACAGAGAGAGUGAGUGUGAGUCUCAAAGGGAUCAGUUAAGCCUCUUGCAGCAGUACAAGGAAGAGCAAGAGGGCUACCUGCAAGAGCUUCAUGGUAAAGUAGAAAAGAUGACGCUUGCUUUAUCUAAAAAAGAUCAAGAGCUUGAGUCCCAACAAAAGCAAAUCCAGGAAGCUGAAGAAGGCAUGGCAAUGCAGUUAAGGACUGUCCGGCACCAACUGGAGCAGACCUUCGAAGCCUUGAAAGAAAAGGACAGGCUCCUGGACGUCCAAAAGCAACAAACACGGAGCUAUGAGGAAAAAACAGAAGAACGGAUGAGUGUCUUACACAGAGACUUAGAAUACACUACGGCAAUACUGAAAGAAAAGGAUUUCAUGAUUGAAUCUCAGAAGGAACUGAUUGAGACCUUCCAAAAACAAGAACAAGACUCUCAACAGCAGAAGGAAAUCCUGCAACGUCUUGAAGGGGCACUAAAGGAAAAAGAGCAAGAAAUUGUAUCCCUUAGAAAGCAAUGUGAGGCAUGCAAGGAACAGGAGGAAAAGCACGAAGCUGAGCAAACAAAUCUUCAAGCAACAAAACUGACUCUGAAAGAAAGAGAAAAAACGAUCGGGGUUCUGGAGGAGGCUAUCUCUAAGCUUCAACAGCAAAAGGAGGAGGCAGCGAUGCAGACUAAAGCCAUACUGCAGAAACUAGAACACGCUGCAUCUUCUCUAGAAGCUAGAGAUCAAGAGAUCGUGUCUUUGCAAGAGCAUGUCCAGGACCUUCGAGGGCAGAAGGAGUUAGAAGGCAAGCAGGCCAAGAGUCUAGAGCAGGAUCUGGACAAAAUGAGCCAAGUCCUGAAGGAGAACCAUUUGGAGUUCCUCAGGCAGACAGAGCAAAUGAACAUGUUCCGGCUUCGUGAAGAAAGCAUGACAGUAGCACUAACCUCAUGCCAGAAGCAAGUGAAUCUGCUUGAGGAAGUGGUGAGGAAGAGAGAGGAAGACAAUGAAACUCUUAUGCAGCAACUCCAGCGCCAAGAAGAAGAACUGAAGACCUUGCAGAAUCUUCAGCUCAGGCUAACCAAGAAGAAUGAAGAGGUUAGACAUCAGAGAGAGCAAGAGAAGCUCCUAGAAGCAGCCUUGCACGAGAGGGAACAAGAGACCAAGGCUCAAGGUGAGCAAGAAGAGUUAGACGAGGAAAGAAGAGCUCUUCGGGAAGAUCUCCGGCACGUUCAGCAGACGCUGACAAAGAGGGAUGAAGAGAUCAAGUACCAGAGAGACAGAGUCGGGUAUUUAGAGAAGACUCUGGCAGGGAGAGAACAAGAGCUUAGGAGGCAGAGUGAACUCCUGAAACAAAUAACAUCAGCUUUGCGAUGGAAGGAUGGAGGGGAGACCCUACAGAAACAAAUCCAGAAACUCCGAAAAUGGGAGGAAGAGGAAGCAGAGAAGAGGAGAGUUCUCCAGGAGAGAGACCGUCUCUUGCAAAGGCAGAAGGAGCUAACCCAACAACUGGAAGAUGAGCGGAAGGCAAAGGGGGAAGAAUUGGAGCGUGCGAUUGCUAUUUUGAAGCAGACUGAAAGCGGGGAAAUGGAAUGGAAAGAGAAGGCACAAGCACUGACUCUCGCCCUUACCAAGAGUGAAAUGGCCAAUGGCACGUUGAGGGAAGAAGUAGCCGUCCUGCAGAGUAUGGUUUCAGAGAGGGACACGGACCGGUUUCAUCAUCAGCAGGCUACUGCAGAAGGGGAGCAGCUCUCGUGGCUCUCGGAGAAGAGACUCCUGUCGCAGCGGCUGGAACAUCUGCAGCGAGCCGUUGCAAGGCUGGAAGUUGAGAAGACUGAGCUGAAGCAACUCAAUGCUGAGCUCAGGAGGACUCUUGAGCAGGUGGAACGUGAACGGAGGAGACUGAAGAGAUACUGUAGUGGUCGGUCGCUGCCAGAUGCGUGCGGAUUUUCUCUCUCCGACCAGCACAAGGUGCCUGCUUCUCGACAGGAGUCGUCUCACACGCGCUGCAGUCGUCGAUUAGCUGAGUUGCAGAACCAGGUGAGGAGGAGGAAAGCUCUCAUCACAAGCUGCUGGGGCUGUACUCAUGGGCACAACUCUGCACGCUGCUACAGCCCGAGGCUUGUUUGGCUGUCAGGGAGCGAGUACACCAGGCGGUGGAAAUACCCAGUCAGACCCAUCUGUUGGCCGUGGCCAAACACCGUCAUUCACCUAGGUCUAGUCUCUGGCUUGCCUAAAGGUGGGAGAGGGAUUGGAGGAAAUGCAGAAAACUGGAACUCGCCGGAAAAGAGGGAGUAUUCUAAGGCUGUUCCCCUUGAGUCUCACUCACCUGGUUGACUCCUCCUGUUUUCCCUUGGCUCAAUUACCAGUGGAGCUUGCAUCAUAUCACUGCGCAUUCCCCUGCCGGGGCUGGCUGCCUGAGUUUCAACAUCUAGUCUGCUCUGGCAGAUCAGGGUCGCCCUUUUGAUCUGGUUUGGCUUUAUGUUGACAGACCUUGGUGGUGUAAUUCCAAGGUAGCAGGUUCCGUAAGCCAUAAAACUCCUUUAGGAACUGCUUCUGUUAUUUGAGUUCGCUUGCCAAGAAAGAGUAUUUUCAUGUUCCUAGCCUGAGGUUGGGGAUGGCAUUCCCGUGGGGAGCACAGCCCUCGGCGAAGCACACGUCACUUGGAAAAGAGAGGAGAACCUCUGACCUGAGCUGUGCUCCCCAAAACAGCAAAGCCCUGAGCGCUGCUCCCAGUGCUGGCAUCUCCUCCACUCCAAAGCAGGCAGAGGGCAACAUGCCAGAGCUGCUAUGGCCACACUGCACUGCAAACCUGGGAGGAGGUGAGAGCAGCUGGGUCUCUGCCCCCAAAAAGCCCAGCAGGCACAACCCCGUGUUGCCAGGAAAGAAGAGAGUUGGAGGAGUUUCAAGGCCUCCGCAGUCCUUUAAGGCUCGUUUCCCCCCUGGGCUUGGUUCAUCCAGUUCUGCUCUGCUCAUUUGUGAAAUGCUCUGAAGGGAGGAAGAAUGAGCGUUUUCGCCCUUUUCGUGUGCUAGCUGUCAAGUUUUGCAACUAGAUCAUAACAGAACAGCUCUUCAGUACCUUGUGUAACCAGUGGUGCUCCUGCCGAGGACAAAGCGUGUGGAACCGAGGCGGCAGUAGCCCAGAUCUCUCCUUUGAAAAAAACGAGCUGGGUUACUAAAUCCUGUAGGAACCUCUGUCUUUCAUAUACAUGGAAUGUCUCGGUGGUGUACGUGUGAAUGGUAUGCCGGAAAGAGACUCGAAUUGUUGAUAGUCUCAGGUCAGUUCAGGGUGACUCUGGGAACCUGUUAGUGCCCAUUCCCCAAGUGGGACAAAGCGUUUGUCAGGGCUGGAGUUAGAGGGUGCGUCUUCCCUGACAGCCGGAACCGUGGAGCUGCGGAUGGUCCUAACAGCGUGGGCUUGUCUGAGCUCGGCCUUUCGCCUCUUUCAGGUGUCCCUUCUGCAGACGCAGCUGGCGCAAGAACGCAAAUGCAAGCAGGACUACAUUGAGUGCUGUGCAAAG